CACAAUGGGGAGAUUUCCUGCAGUAGUUUGUGUCUCUGCCCCUCCCACAAUGGGGAGAUUUCCUGCAGUAGUUUGUGUCUCUGCCCCUCCCACAAUGGGGAGAUUUCCUGCAGUAGUUGGUGUCUCUGCCCCUCCCACAAUGGGGAGAUUUCCUGCAGUAGUUGGUGUCUCUGCCCCUCCCACAAUGGGGAGAUUUCAUGCAGUAGUUGGUGUCUCUGCCCCUCCCACAAUGGGGAGAUUUCCUGCAGUAGUUUGUGUCUCUGCCCCUCCCACAAUGGGGAGAUUUCCUGCAGUAGUCUGUGUCUCUGCCCCUCCCACAAUGGGGAGAUUUCCUGCAGUAGGUUGUGUCUCUGCCCCUCCCACAAUGGGGAGAUUUCCUGCAGUAGUAGUUUGUGUCUCUGCCCCUCCCACAAUGGGGAGAUUUCCUGCAGUAGUUUGUGUCUCUGCCCCUCCCACAAUGGGGAGAUUUCCUGCAGUAGUUUGUGUCUCUGCCCCUCCCACAAUGGGGAGAUUUCCUGCAGUAGUUGGUGUCUCUGCCCCUCCCACAAUGGGGAGAUUUCCUGCAGUAGUUGGUGUCUCUGCCCCUCCCACAAUGGGGAGAUUU